AUGGACAUCUUCUCCCGAGGAAACGAUGCUCUCACUGUUAAUCCAGCAGUUGGCGUCACUGAAUCCUUGUCUCAACAUGGAUCUGAUUGGCUCUGGGCUGUCACAGCUCUCUACAUUGUAUCUUUUAUCGGCUUAUUGAGUGUUUGCUUCGCCGUUCGUGAGAGCGAUAGGGUUUUUCACUACAUUCUGACCAUGGCCCUGCUGGUGGGCUCGGUUACCUACUUCGCCCAGGCUUCGGAUUUGGGGUGGACUGCUAUUGACCAAGCAGAGCAUCUCGCGUCUGGAGCAUCUCGUCAGAUAUUCUUUGCGAAGUACAUCAACUGGGCGAUUUCCUUUCCCUCCUUCGCUCUAUCCCUGGGUUUGCUAUCAGGUGUCUCGUGGACCACUAUCAUUUGCAACAUAUUUCUUUCAUGGUUCUGGAUUCUCACGUAUCUGGCUGCUGCUUACACAAUCACGGACUAUAAAUGGGGGUUUUUUGCUUUUGGUACAUUUGCAUGGCUCAUUCUUGCAAUGAGUACACUGAACGAAAGCCGGGAAUCGGCGUCUCUCCUUGGAAUCAACCGUGACUACGUCUUGCUUUCCGGGAUUUUGAAUCUACUGUGGAUUCUGUAUCCAAUUGCAUUUGCUCUUAGUGAUGGCAGCAAUCUCAUCGGUGUGACAAGCAGCUUUAUCUUCUUCGGCGUUCUGGACGUACUUAUGGGCCCGGUGUUAAGCAUAAUUUUCGUUCUUAUGACUCGGAAAUGGGACUUCAAAAAGCUGAACGUGGCCUUCAGUGACCACCGAGGUGAUAGAGGGGAUUUACUUGGUCUUAACAAGGAACCUGUUCCAAGUACAAAUGUCGCUACCUCUAACGCUUAG